AAAAAAAAAAAAAAGUAUUUUUUUAUGCCCUACCUCCUUCAACAAUAACAAUUUCUAAAUUUAUUUUUAGAAAAGUGCUGAGCUUUUAUAUUAAAUAGUAUAAAGUAUAAUUGUUCUUCUUAUAGAAUUAAUUUAUUCUGAAUGUCGUGGCUAAUCCCAUGUUUGUUUUGAAAACUAUAUACAUUGGGUGCUAUUGUAUUUUGUAAUUAAACAUUCUUAUUUAUUAACUGUAAAUGCCUGUUUCUUUGUGCGUUUUGAGAAUAGAGAUCGACGAAGAGCUACCUGAAAUGGGAGAUAAUCCAGCAGAAAUUGAAGCAGCAAAGGAACAAAAAAAGAAAGACCGCGGUGCUCGCGAGUCCAGAACCAUCACAGUCGAGACCUAUGCCAGUGUCCUCAGUGGGCCUAAUACUGACAUUGGUAUAUUGCCGACAAGUUCACGUCGCUCACCACCAAAGGGCAGCAAUGUCUCAGAAAAUGACAAUACAAUCACCUUCUUUUGUGGUAACCCACUUGUGGAGGUUACCAAGGGAGUGCUACAUUUGUAUAAAGAGAAUGAAUUAAAGGAAGCAGCAGAGGAAGCGAAGACCCUAUGCUUGCUGUCUGUACCCGGUGCCUUGGGAGCGACAGAUCUGCUAGCGUUUGCGGCAGCGUGUCAGCAGGACAUAGCUCACGUGAGGGUGCUGCGGGAUGGGUCUCCGGAUCACUAUAUGGCACUGCUUACGUUCCGGUCGGGCGCGGCGGCGCGCGCGUUCUACGAGGUGUUCGACGGCGCGCCGUACAGCAGCCUGGAGCCGGCGGCGCUGUGCCACGCGGCGUGGGUGGCGCGCGUGGAGUGGGCGGCGGGCGGCGCGGCGCCGGCGGCGCACACGGAGCUGCCCACGUGCGCCGUGUGCCUGGAGCGCAUGGACGAGAGCGUGGCCGGCGUGCUGAGCGUGCAGUGCGCGCACGCCUUCCACGCCGCCUGCCUGGCGCGCUGGCGCGCCGCGCGCUGCCCCGUGUGCCGCGCCGCGCAGGUGCCCGAGCCGGCCGCGCGCGCCGCCUGCCUCGCCUGCGCCGCAGAGGAGGAGGAGCCCUCGGAGGAGGGUUGGAGCCCGGGCGGCGGCGGGGGAGGGGGCGGCACGGACUUGGCGGAGGGGCUGCUGGACGGCGUGGAGGCGGGCACGCUGUGGAUCUGCCUCAUCUGCGGCCACGUCGGCUGCGGCCGGUAUGAGAGGGGGCACGCCGCUAAACACUUUUUGGCGUCAAACCACACUUACGCUCUGCAAUUGGGGUCGAACCGAGUGUGGGAUUAUGCAGGCGACAACUUCGUCCACCGGCUGGUGCAGAACAAGACGGACGGCAAGCUGGUGGCGGCGGGAGGAGGAGGCGCGGAGGAGACGGCGUGCGGCGGCGAGGAGAAGCUGGACUCGGCGCAGCUCGAGUUCACCUAUAUACUGACGCAGCAGCUCGACAGCCAGCGCACCUUCUACGAGGAGAAGAUCGCCAAGUUGGAAAGCAGUCAUGCAGCGGAGUUGGAGGAGGCUCGAACGCGCGCGGCGGCGGCAGAGGAGGCCGCUAAUGCUCUGCGUGUGGAGCGGGCCGACCUCACACGCGCCCACACCGCGCUCGAUCGCAAACUACGCCACCUCACUACCAAGGUGUCGUCGCUGCAGUCGCAGCUGGCGGAGGAGCGCGGGCUGGCGGCGGCGCUGGCCAGCAGCCACGCGCAGUGGCAGGCGCGGGCCGCCGCGCGCGAGGACACCUUCCUCAAGGAGAUAACCGAGCUGAAGGAACAGCUCCGCGACGUGAUGUUCUUCGUGGAGGCGCGCGACAAGCUGGAGCACAGCAGCACGGCGUCGUCGGCCGAGCUGGCCGCCGCCACCGUCACCGUCGCGCCCCCUGCCGACAACCGCCCGCAGCGCCACCGCCGCCGCAAGCGGUAACCGCCGCGCUCGCACGAUCACAUUGUAUGACGAACACGUGUUUAAAAAAACUAAAAUUUUUAUAUCAGACUUAAAGAAAAGACAGUCUCGAUAUGGUUGUAUUUUUUUAAUGUUUAUUAACUCAUAACUCCGUCAGUUGUAAACCGAUUUGGCAAUUCUUUUUUUAUCUAAAUGAGUAUGUUGCUGUCAAAAGUACUUUUGACUGCAAUAAAACAUCAGUCAAAAGCAAUAGUAACUUGUUAGAUAAAAAAAUAGUAUAUUACUGCAUCGGCCAGCAACUGAGGCAUUGAUGGACGAACGUGCAAAAUGUGGGCCGAGACGUAGCCGAGGCACACAUACGUAAGUCCAUGGUACUGCUCAUGUCUAUAGGCGACGGUUACCACUUUCCAUCAGGUGGGCCGUCAGCUUGUUUGCCAUUCUAAGUUGUAUAAAAAAAAAAGCUAAGAAGUAAAUGUUUUGUUUUAUUGCAACAACUCCAUUUUUCUUUUACAUCACAGGUAUGUACUUGUAACUAAUACAGUACUGAAGUUAUUGGUAUGAGUUACUAAACUAGAGUGCAAUGAGUAGGUUAAUUUUAGUCUACUACUCUUUUUUUUUUAUACAACUUAGAAUGGCACACAAGCUGACGACCCACCUGAUGGAAAGUGGUAACCGUCGCCUAUAGACAUGAGCAGUAUCAUGGACAUAAUAGAGUAUACUGUUUCGCCCAUGAUACCCCCCAUGCAUUGCCAUUCCUGAGGACUCAGGUGUUAUUCCUCUGUACCAAGUAAAUUUACGCCAUAUCCCACCCUUCAAACUGAAACACAGCUAUGCAAACACAACUACUUCACAGUUGAAACACGAAUGAGACACAGGUACCCAAGCAAUCGACUUUUGUACAAAGUCUCCCUCUGGUACUUAAUUCAAAAAACAUUUUCUGCCAAAUAUAGAAACUGUAUUCUCAAUUUUAUUAUCAUAGUAUACUAGCGAUUCGGCCCGCCUUUGCACGGAUUAAUAGAAUUUUAAAAACUAAUACGUAUAUUGUAUGUCACUCAUAAAUAAUAUAGCUUUCUAUAGGUGAAACAAUUUUUAAAUUAGAUUAAAGUUUUUGAGUUUAUACAUUAAAAACAAACAAUCAAAUAUAAUAUUAAAUUAUAAAUAACAACGACAAACUGGUUAUAGUUUUUUUUUUUAAAUACGUGUUUUAUUAAAAUAUAUAAUUUUCUCAAACAUGCUUGGAAAUGUGAGCAUUAUUUUGACAAUCUUCUUCGAGAUAAAUCAAUAUUGCCGUACUGGCCAGAUACAUGCGGGCAGCGGCCGGCAAAAGUUGUAUGAAAAGUUGUAUCCAUAUCUGUCGUGUUUUGCGGCCAGAUAAAUUACUAUGUAAACUCAUAUCUGUCCUGUAAUUUAAAAAUGGAAUGACCUUUUACUUUAAAACAUGGCUACCAAAGAGGUAACUAAUAAAAGGUUUUAUUUAAAUUUCGAACUGGCUUUCAAAUAGAAAACUGUUUAUUGAAAAAAAGAAAAAUUCAAAAGAACAUUAUGGCGCGUGAAAAAUUAUUAUUUUUCUUUAUUCGUCAUUGAACUUAAAAAGUAAAAUUGUGUUUUUGAUUUCCGCGCAUUGUUUGAGAAAAGUACUAUACAAGUCUUGGCCACAACUAGGCAUUGAUGGACUCACGUAUGUGUGCCUCGGCUAUGUCUCGGCCCACAUUUGCACGUUUGUCCAUCAAUGCCUCAGUUGCUGGCCGCUGCAGUAAUGUACUAUUAUUAUCUAUAACGUCGUUUAAUACUUUUUAGAAUAUUAUUUAGAAUAUUUGUAAAAAAAAACCAAGAAAAUCCUGUUAGUUAUUUUUAGUUUUGUUUUCUGUGAGUGAAAUUUAACUUUAAUGAUAGUAGAAAUAAGAAACUAGAUUCAGACAUGAAGCAAAGCAAUAUGUAAUUAAAUUUCCCUUGAAUUUUAUUUUUAUGUUAAUUUGAUGCAUAGGUCAAUGUGGAGAAAUCUCAUGUUUCUAUUGGGGUUAAUGAAUUCAAUUCUGAAUAAUUUGUUAUGUACAGUGUAAUAAAAAAAAUAUAUGAAAAUUCGAAAUCCUGCGUCUGUUAUGUAAUUCAAAACUCAUAGAUUUUUAAUCUCAAAUCUACAGUAUUUAUAUGGGGUAAGUCUGUCCCACUCGUGUUUCUGCCUACAAUCAGCUGUGCGUGCAAGACUGUAUUUCCGUUUUUUUCCGUAUUUCACCUGAUGGAAAGUGGUAAUCGUCUCCUAUAGACAUGAGCAGUACGAUACUACCCAUGCGUUGCCAUUCCUGAGGACUCAGGUGUUAUUCCUCUGUACCCAGUAAAUUCACGCCAUAUCCCACCCUUCAAACCGAAACACAGCCAUGCAAACACAACUGCUUCACGGUUGAAACACGAAUGGGACAAAGGUACCCAAGCAAUCGACUUUUGUACAAAGUCUCCCUCUGGUGACAAGUUGGACAAGUAUUUUAAUUAUAAUUAAUUUUCAUUAAUAUUUUCAAAAAUGAUUGGUCAAUUAUACGACGUAUAUUAAAUCCUCUGUCUACCCCGCCAAGGAGUUGGCGUUAAGAUAUAAAUAAUGACAGAAAUUGUUUAAAAAGUAAUCUUUUGUUUUAAUUGUAGCACUAAAACUUGCUGUGAUACGUUUUGAGCUAGCUGUAAGUACACUGCAAUGUAAUCACAAAAUAUAAAACGUGUGGUAACAAUAUAAAGUUAUUGGGGGGAAAGGGAUUGUUAGCAAUGGAGUUUGACAGCCCCAUUGCUAGCAAUAUGCCCUAUCAGGUCAACCUCCACGUGGUUCCCGCUGGAAACCAUCGUGAACAAUUCUUGUUGAAUUCGUCACGAUGGGCCAACUGACCUGCUUCAUCCUCGCCUAUCAUCCUUCACUGGUGCCCCGCCAGCGUAUCCUGAUAGCGUAGACGGGGUUACCAUUCCAUUAUUACCCAUUAAAAAAAAAUAUAAAGUUAUUUCCUCUUAUGAACUGUAUCGAUUUGACUAAGCCCGCUACGGUGUUUAUAUAAUAAAUGUUUACCACUGGA